AGCUUAAUAAAUUCCUUGAUUUCCCGCUCCCACGAUGACGCCAAGCAUUUCAAUAUUCAGGUCGUCCCACAUUCUGUUUUGCUCAGCACUUUACACUUCACACCGCUUUCGAAACCACGGCAGUUCUGCAAGCUGCACCAGUACAUCGAACUCAAGAUGGACAUUCUCGAAGCAAACUUCCCUCACCUGUUCCCCCCUAAGCAGCCUGGUCAACAGGUGCCUAAGGUGGAACAGGCCAAUCUUCUCGGCGACCGCGGUGUGGCUAACGGUGAGCGGCGGUCAACAUCACACCCGCAAGAUUGACAACUAAUGUGUGACAGAUGAGGCAUCGCCCUCGCGUGCCGCCCGGGAAUGCGACGAGGCAUUCAUCGAUUGCUUGCUUAAUCACCUCAAGCUCGUGGACCUCAAGGUCCUCAAGUUCAUGGAUCCUCGCGACUCCAAUCACGACGGAAAUCUGGAGGAAGCCCUCGUUCUCGCCAGCCAGAUCAUACCAGAGGUUGAGAGGCUUCGUUCGCAUCCUGAGCUGUUCUCGAACGAGUUGCAAGAACACCACUUUCUGAUGAAGGCUGGUCAACUGGCCUACCGCAGUCGCGAGCUGCUCGACCUCAGCGAACAGCUCGGCAAUCUGAACCCGCCUCUUCACAAGCAGAGGGACGGAGCAGCUGCAGACUCGUCCGCAGAUCCUCAGACCAAAGUCAAGACGAACCCUUGGGCCAGAUUCGCGGAACCAAGCGGAUUGAAAGACCUACCCUUCGUCAAGGAGGUGCAGAAGGACCUUCCAGACAUGAAACCGGUCAGCGGCUGCGCCUUGCCUCCGGCCAUGGUGAUGAUUGCCGAACGCAAUAAGAAGAGACAAGACUGGUACAUGGGCACUAUGACAAACCCGCCAGCAGAUGUACUGGCACUUCAGCACAAUCUUGGCGACUUGGUCAAGAAUCUCCAUGUUGUACCUGGUCUGGAGGCUACCCACCAGAGGGGUAUCCCUUUGCAACCUCCCAUGAUAGAAGAGGUAAGACUUCGUAAGUUUUCGCGCGCUCGAUCGUAGACUAAUGCAUUAAACAGAAAGAUGCGUUCGACGGACGGCACGCUCAAAUUUCAGAGAUGGGUCGCUUCAUGGCACACAUGGAAAAGGACGUCACCACCUUGCCAGGUCAAGCUCAAGCUGGAACCACAUUCCGUACCACAUUCCUGUCAGAGGAAGGCAAGCGCGCUCGCAAGGAGGCUGCCUUGGCCAAGGAAGAUGAGGAGGACUACCCCGACCUCACGUAAGAUCUCAGCACAAAGCAUGUGUUGGUCUGAGUCGAGCUCUGAGGAGGACCGCGAACGCUAUCAUCGAAGAAGGAUUCUUCUCGCCCACGACGAGCGUCACCACGUCCUAGACUUUACUGUCGCAAGGCCAGAACACCAGGAAACUG